AUGUUCUCCUUGUCACUGAAACUUGGCUUCUAUCUGGUUCUUUCCCUUCCGACUGGUCUCAAUUCCAUCUAUAUGGCACAAAAGUACCUGGCGCUUUUGGCCGUGGUUCUGGUGGUGUUACAGCCUUUGUCUCUCCUUCCUGUUGGCACCCUUACGGUUCAUUGUGUGUAUCUGCCUCCACCCUUAUCCUCGGAUAAGGUGCUCUCGCUCCUUCGCUCGUUACCUAUAACUAGUGAUACAAUCCUUUGUGGUGAUUUCAAUGCUCGCUUUGGAUCUCUACUAGGUGAUACUACUGCUAAUCCCCGUGGUAACUCUCUACUACCAUGGAUGGAGGAGGCUUCGUUGUCGAUCCUCAAUGAGUCUCUAGCUUAUGGUACACCCACCUUUACAACAUUUCGGCGACAACAAGAGGUACACAGCAUCAUUGAUCUGUUCCUUACCAACAUUGGCGAGACGGCUAUGUUGAAUUCUCAACUGGUGGUUGACUCUGAUCUGUCCCUUGGUUCUGAUCAUCGGCUGAUGGUACUUACUUUCGAGUAUGUGCCCCCUCCCGAUGAUACUCUUGGUUCUGGUAACUCUGGUGGUUUGGCCCCUAGACGACAAUGGAAGCUCUCGAAAUUGAGGAAAAAGCGGCCAUUGGGCUUGCUUCGUGAAUCCUUUCGAUCUUCUGUUGCUCCUUUGGUUGAUUCUCUCUCUGGUUUGGUCUCUGCUCCUGAUGGAGUUCGUCCUGAUAUUGAUGCACUCAAUGAUUCUCUGAAUUGUUGUUUGUAUGAAUCUCUUGACGGGUCAAUUGGUGUGAAAUCUGGUCGCCCUGGUCACUGGAAAAAGUACUGGACACAAGAAAUUGAAGAUGCAGCUCGUGAAAGAGAUGCCUCAUAUAGUCGAUGGCGAUGGGCAAGUGGCUUUGCCAAAGUUGAAACAUGGGGUAUAUAUCAAACUGCUCUUAGACGUUUUCGCUCUCUGAUACAGGCUGCCAAAAGAAAGUCGUGGAACACAUUCUGCUCUAAUCUGGAAAAGGAUUUCUCUAAAGCUACUGCUGCUAUCAAACGCAUAAAGCGAAACAAAGAAUCCUCUGCUACUUAUAGCCAUCCAGAUGGUCCAGCUGCUUCAGUAACAGCAAUGGCAUCACAUCUUGCAUCUGUAUACAAUGGUACACUCCUUAACUCUGCUUCUCGUCCUGUUGCUCCUGAACCGAAUGUAUCGGAUCUACCCUACAAUGAUCCCUCUGUUACAAAUCUGUUUGAUGCUGAUACUAUUGUCUCUCUGAUUAAGCGAUUGCCAAAUGGAAAAGCUCCUGGUCCUGAUCAUCUGAAAGCUGAAAUGCUGAAGGCUCUAGCAUCUGACAUUGCACCCGUAUUGUCUCUGCUAUUUACGCUUUGCUCUCAAUGGUCGUACACUCCUGUAUUGUGGCGUCAUGCUCAGGUCUUUCCCAUUUACAAGAAAGGUGAUGUAUCUGAUCCUGCAAACUUUCGUCCAAUUUCGCUCACUUCGGUGAUGCGUAAAUUGUUUGAAUUUUCAUUGAUGCCUGCUCUUGAUGAACAUUCGCCUGCACUUGAUGUUGCUCAAGGUGGUUUUCGUCCACAACGUAGUCCUCUGGAUCAAGCCCUCUGUUUACAUGACUUGAUGCACGACUACUUCCUCACUCAUCACCACUAUCCUGUUGUAGCCUUUCUGGACAUCAAAUCUGCAUACGAUACAGUGGAUCGCAACGUUAUUUGGGAUGCUCUUGCUCAUUCUUCACUACCUCGUCCAAUCCUUAGUUUAUUGAUCAAUAUGUUCGAUGAUGUACUAGUCUCUGUACUGAUUGCAAACCACAACUCUGACCCUUUUUCGCCUGCUACUGGUGUACUCCAAGGUUCAGUGCUCAGUCCGCACUUGUACUCUCUGUACAUCAACUCUCUGCCUGCUGUUCUUCGUGCUGCUGUCAACCGUGGUUUACUCUUUGCUGAUGAUGUGGCCAUAUUUGGCUCUCGUACUGAUGUGCAAACCAUGUUGGAUGUCGCUUCAGAUCACUCGUUCUCUCUUGGCUACAGAUGGAAACCAUCAAAAUGUGCUGUACUUUGUGCUCCUACUGCCUCUACUCGUCAUCCAUUGUCUCUAUACGGUGAACCUCUUCCUGUGGUAGAGGAAUUCACGUAUCUUGGUAUGCCGUUUAGAUAUAAAGGUCUGUACGCCCCUGGGAUUCUCAAUCUGCGUGCUUCUGGUGCUAUCAAGACAAUGGCAUUGUUGAAUUUCGCUAUAUCGCAUCUCUCUUUCCGUGACUUCAAGGCUCUUGAUGCUCUGCAAAAUCGAUUGGUUGGUAUGUUUGUUGGUAGUACAUGGUACAAUGUUGCCAAACAUUUGACCUGUAUUCCCAGCAUGAAGCAUCGAUAUAAUGUCCUGGCAACACGUUAUGCUCUUCGUGCUGAUACUCUCCCUGAUGAUUGCUUGUUGGUUCUGCUUCGUCGUGGAUUACUGUACACUCGUCUAGACAGAUUUAUUUGUCAAAACCCGUUGUAUCUGACACUACCUGAUCCGCCGCCAUUCACCACUGCUGGUCUUACUGAAGUCUUUGAUUCGUAUUGGCAAGAUCAAGUAGAUCAUCAACUUGCUGCUGCUGCUGUUUCUGGUACCCAGACCCUCCUCCGUGCUUGUCGUCGUUCUGUAUCUCGUCCAGAUCCCAUUUUGUACCUACCAAUUGGUCGAUCUGCUCGAAGUCGCCUUGUUCGCUGGCGUCUUGGACGUUUCACAAACAUGCGUGAAGAGUGUCCGUGCGUGAUGGGUGAUUUUAUAUCUCGAAAUCACUUUCUGACAUGCCGUGCUCUGGAUCGAACACUUCUCGAUGCUCUGCCUGUGGCUCCUCCUGGUAUUCAUCGUAUAGACUAUGCCCUUAAUUGUUUACCUGUGAAAGCCUCUGAUGGUCCUCCAUCUUAUUGGUCUGCUUUGCUUGCUCUGCUUCAUGCCAUUGAUUGUUUAGUGCAUCCGCUGGCUGUCAUCCCUGCUGAUCUUGAUUCAGGGUUGUUAUGGUUCUCUGCUAGAUAG